UUCUCAUCAACCAAACACAAUCAGUUUCAUUUCAAGAACUAAUUUUCCGAGAAAAUUUUACAUUUUCAUCAAAAGGGUACUCUUAGAUUCAUCAACAAAGCAAAAAAUUAUACUAAAAAUAUAUAGUUGUUAAAUUAUAACAACAAAAUGGCAUAUGAAGGAGAUCUAAAUCUAAAGGCAACUGAGCUCAGAUUAGGGUUGCCGGGAAGAGAUGAGCCUGAACAGAAACAAAGAGGAAUUAAAAGAGCUUCACCGGAAAUUUCAGAAAAUUCUAGGGCUAAAAGCAGUGUUGAAAAUAAUGAAGAAGAGGAUUGUGAACCUCCGGCCAAGGCACAAGUAGUGGGAUGGCCUCCGAUCAGAUCUUACCGGAAAAACUGUUUUCAGACGAAGAAAAGUGAGGUCGAAGGUGGUGGUAUGUACGUAAAAGUGAGCGUGGACGGAGCUCCCUAUCUAAGAAAGAUUGACCUUAAGAUGUAUAAGAGCUAUCCUGAGCUACUCAUGGCAUUAGAGAACAUGUUCAAGCUCAAAAUUGGUGAGUACUCAGAAAGAGAAGGGUACAAUGGAUCUGAUUAUUCUCCAACUUAUGAAGACAAAGAUGGUGAUUGGAUGCUUGUUGGAGAUGUUCCAUGGGGAAUGUUUAUUUGCUCAUGCAAGAGGCUAAGGAUUAUGAAAGGAUCAGAAGGUAGAGAGGAUCGAUUGAGCUGUUUAUAGAAAAGCAUAUAAUGCAAAGUUGGCUUAAUACCUUGUCCAACAAGUUAGGUUUUGGAGAUUUACAUAUACAGAUGAUCGGAGCAUCGACGAAUUAUCGGAUCUUUUUUUUUUCUUCUUGUUUUGGGUUUUGGAUUCCUUGGGGUUUUGAUCGUUUGUGUGAUAAUUAUAGCUUGUUGAAUUUUUCAAAUAUUCAACUGUAAAAAUUUACAAAUUAAAGAAAGAAAUUACUUGUAAUACUCAUUCAGUAUAUAUACUUUGGAUUUAUAUCA